AUGGCUGGCGGCGCGGCGACCCCGGCGGCCGGCGGUGCGCUGUCCAGGGUAGCCGGCGUCCCUCUGCCCGCGCUCCCGCCGCGCGCGCCCGCCGCCCCGCCCCCGCCCCCACCGCGCGCGCCCGCCACCCCGCCCCCUCGGGCUCGCGCGCGCGCCCCCCGCCGCAGGGCCGUUUCGGGCGCCCGCCGCUCCCCGCCCCCGCCCCUCGCCUGGGCUUCGCAGAACGCCGCGCGCCGGGGUCGGCGGGGGAGGGGCGCGCGGGCCAGGCUCCGGCGCCCCCCACCCGCCACCGGCGCCCCCUGCCGGUCGGGCGGCGAUGUGCAGGCCCGGCUCCCCCCAACAAGCACACACAUACACGCCGACGCCCCCUGCCGGCCGGGCGGCGAGGUGCAGGCCCUGCGGGCGCCCGCUGUGUUCGGCCGCUCACCGUUCCAGGAGGCUCGGCCAGGACCCGAGGCAUCGCCCGCCCCCUGUACUCCGGUCUCCCCUCAGCCGCCCGGAGACUGCGAGCGCCGCCCAUCUGGAGGAAGAGGGGGCUGCAGGGGGCCAGGACGUCGUCUUUCUCUGACUCGGCUCUGGGGGCUUUCAAACACAGGUUCAAGGCCGAUAAAGGCUCCCACUCGGGAUGCAGGAUCACCCUACAUUUUGCAGGAUGCAGCGGUCAGAUGGGGGGGUUAG